CCCUUCCAGGCCACCAUAAAACGGAAGUAGGUGACAUAGCUCCUCCCAGGGUGCAGCGUCACGUGGUUUUCAAGAGCCGCCGAAAUGUCUGAUACUUCUGCCCUGGAGAGCCUCAUAGAAAUGGGUUUCACCCAAAAUAGAGCUAAAAAGGCUCUUGCUGCCACUGGGAAUCAGGGGAUAGAGUCCGCCAUGGACUGGCUGGUGGAGCAUGAAGACGAUCCUGAUAUCGAAGAAGAAGUAGAAACAAGUGAACCUGUUCCUGAAGAAACUGAGAGUGCAGAAAUGACAGAAGACAUGGAUACAAGUGCAGGGAGAGCUUUUUUGACUGAAGAGGAAAAAGAAAAGCAGACAAAAAGGAUGAUGGAGCUAAUUGCUCAAAAGCAAAGGGAGCGCGAGGAGCGAGAAAAGAGAGAAAAGAUCGAGCAGGAGAAGCAGAGACGGAAACAGGGACAAGAACUGUCAGCAAUCAAACAAAGGCUACAGGAGCAAGAGAUGCAGAAAUUAGCAGACGAUAGGAGAAAAGAAAAACAGGAGGAAUUAAAAGCCAGGGAGCGUGUUAGAGAGAAAAUUGCACGAGAUAAAGCAGAGCGAGCAAGAAAGUUUGGGGGUGCAACGGCUGAACCAGUGUCUCCUCCAGCAGAGACCCCCAUUCCAGCUUCCGCACUGUCACCGUCUUCCCCAACACAAGAACCACCAGUUAAGAAAGAAUAUGAUCAAUGCCGUAUUCAGAUACGUCUUCUGGAUGGCUCAGCCUUGUCUCAGACGUUCCGUGCUCGUGAACAGUUAGCUGCAGUACGGGUAUACGUGGAACUUAAUUGGCCUGGUGGUGCAGGAGAACCUUUUAACCUCCUGACAACUUUCCCACGGAGGGUCUUCACAGAAGAUGACAUGGAGAAGCCUUUGCAGGAACUAGGUUUGGUGCCUUCAGCUGUGCUAAUUGUUGCAAAAAAAUAAGGUUACACCUGACUCUUAUCCAUAUCAAAACCACCAAAUGUAGAUACUACCCCCAAGAAGCAAAGAAAACCACAGAAGAAAUCCGAGACCCCUCAUUCCACCCCAAGAAAACAGAGACCCCUCAAGGAACACACAAGACUGGUUCCCCUAACAAUUAUGUCUUAUGCAGUAGUGUUUAUUCAGCCGGACAAAUAAACCAGUCUAAUUUUGUGUGAAAAAUA